AUGAUGACUAUUGUUGACACCACCGGGGUGCAUUUCCUCCCGGUGACGUGGUGCGGCUGUCCCGACGCCGGUGACCACACAUCGCAGCUUCUCGAUGCCGGGUUGUAUCCGGCGAGCCAGCGCAAGGCUCGUACGUGCUUCACCUUUGGGGCACUUGACGGUUUCCUGCUGGACAAUCUGGAGUGUAAGACUACCGCCAUGAAUUACUACGCACGGAUUCGACGGGCCACCAAUCCGGCUUUUCCCCAUGAAGUACCGGAUCGAUACCUUGAGCUGCUUAGAGUGAGCCGCGAAUGGGCGUUGCUCCAGGCGAAGAAACAGUUUGGAUACGGGCCACAGUGGCGAGAGGCCCCGGGCAACGGAGACCUUGCUCACUUUUGCCCGGCAUGUCCGCAGCCCGGAGUGAACAUACCCGAGGACUGGGAGGUGGAUGAUAGGAAGUACCUAUAUGCCCGAGGAUAUGUCAUGGAUGGGAACUUCCACGCCGAGCAAAUGAAAAUGCGCAAGCCCGAGAACGACGUACCGUUGAUGCCGGGGAAAAUGUUCAUGGUUCAUCCCGGCCCAUACGAGGAGCACCUGAGAGUAGCGAAGGACGUGAAGAUGGUGAGGGUCUGCAACGACCACAAGGCGGUCUCCCAGGCCAACGCCGACCGGCAUAAGCUCGCUGUCACCGGGAUCGGCGCAACAUCUUGUUUGAGGCACGGGUGCUUCCUUCCGCACUCGGUAGUGAACUAUCAGAAGGGCGAACGUCAGACAUCAGGAAAAACCUAA